AUGGUGAUCAGUUACCGAGGAUAUCGAGAUGACCCGAGGCUGAAGACCAGGAGCUCACCUGAACCAGCGUCAAAUGGCACCUGGAUCUCACUUAAUAUCGCCGUUGUUGGGGCAGGAAUAUGUGGACUGGUGGCUGCUGUUGCGCUGGCUCGUCAGAACCACACGAUCACUAUAUACGAGCAAUCCGAUGAACUCUCAGAGGUGGAAACAGGCAUUCAAAUCCCGCCUAAUUCCGCACGUCUUCUCUUGAAGCUGGGACUGGGUCCUUAUCUACAGAACUACGUCACGGAGCCCCAGCAGAUGUCCAUGCGCCGAUGGAAGAGCGGAAACGUAAUUGGCUACACUCGAAUGGGGACCGAGCUCCGCAAGCAAUUCGAGGCGCCUUACUGGGUCGUCCAUCGUGGGGACUACCAUAAAGCACUUCAUGAUUUGGCUGUUGACUUGGGCGUCACUAUCAAACUUGGCUCGAAGGUUGUCUCAUACGACAGUGCUGCACCUAGCAUCUCUUUAGAAGAUGGCCAAAUAAUCAGCGCAGACCUAGUGAUAGCGGCUGACGGUGUGCUUUCGAAGGCCCGAAAGAUAGUUUUGGGGGAUGCAGACCGACCGCCUCACCUCACAGGCUUUGCGGCGUACCAUGCUGUAGUUGAUAUGGAUCGAAUGCGCGAGGAUCCCGAGAUUUCUUGGCUUUUGGAGAAGCCGUCGCUCAACCUCUGGGUUGGCGAUAACCGGCAUGUGAUGAGCUAUCCUCUCAGCUCCGACAAAACCUUCAAUAUGGUGUUAUCUCAUCCUGAUAAUUCGGACGGCACAGAGUGCGGCGAUAACUCUGAAAAGCAUCUACCGGACAUGCAGGAGGAAUUUGCCGGCUGGGAUCCGGUCUUGAUGAAGAUCAUCGGCCUGAUCGAUAGCACUAUUAAAAGGCCCCUAUACAGCGGCUCGCUGACCAGUCGACUGGUGCGUGGCAAGCUGAUAAUCCUAGGCGACGCGGCUCAUUCCAUGCUGCCAUAUAUGUCGCAAGGUACCGCGAUGGAUGUCGAAGACAGUGUCGCUCUCGCGCAAAGCCUAAGUAGAAUUACAGCAAAGUCUCAGAUUCCGUUAGCAUUGUCGAUCUUCGAGACUGUUCGCGUUGAGAGGGCCGUGCAGGUCCAAGAGGCUAGCCUUCUGAAUGGGAAAAUUUGGCAUUUCCCAGAUGGCCCUGUCCAGAAGGCUCGAGAUCUUGCCAUGAUGCCGGAAGUCAAAGGGCAGUCAUUUUCGCACAGCCCAAACCAAUGGAGCGAUCCCACGACGCAAAUGUGGUCUUAUGGAAAGGGAAAUAAAUCUGGAAUGGUCUAG